ACGUUUAGAAAUAACAACAAUAAUUAUUUAAACAUUUUUGUUGCUCUUUUAUAAAGAGAGGUAAAAGAGUGUUAUAAGUUUAAAGAAGUCGUUGAUUAGUUAUCGUUGACAGUGAACUUUUGACCUGUGCCUUUAAACGAUUUAACAAUGAGUUCGGCAGAAGCACCCGUGCCAGCGUCGAAUACGGAAGCCAAAUUUGUGUCCAAAAUUAAUAUGUCUAAUCCAAAUCCUCUUCCUCAGACGAAGGUUACUAAAACUAUUGUGACAUCUCCUCAUAUUUAUAAACCCGUCGGACCAUACAGUCAAGCUAUUCUCGCGGGUAACACGCUAUAUGUAUCCGGAUUGUUGGGCAUGGAUAGCCAGGCUCGGCUGGUUUGUGGCGGCGCGGAAGCACAGACCAGGCAGGCCCUGGAAAACUUGAAACAAGUGCUGGAAGCUGGAGGAUCAUCACUUCUAGCCGUUGUAAAAACUACCGUUCUGUUAGCGAAUAUGGAUGACUUUCAAGUAGUCAACCAAGUUUAUGCUGAGUAUUUCACAAAGGACUGCCCCGCUCGGGCCUCGUACCAAGUCGCCCGACUGCCUCUGGGGGCAUCUGUUGAGAUAGAGGUUGUGGCCCUCAGCGGUGACCUCGUCAUAGCUGAGGCUGGCCCCUGUCCUUGCGCCCGAAUUUAAAUUAGGAACUACUGUUUUUAAAUAAAUUGUUCUAUAAUA